GGCAUCUUCUUGGCCGCCGUGCGUGGCUGGUUUGUCCGGUCCUGGCGCAUUCUACUCCAAGCCCGCAGCGCGGCAGGAAGUUGGUUGCGCGUGGGCGGGCGGACGGCGGGGCCGCCCCCAUUUCGGCGCUGCCGGUGUUCGGCGGCGUGGGCGGAUGGAGACCCGUUGUGGGCCCCUGCGCCAGGGGGGCAAUGUCUUGGGGCUGCCGGAUGUGAGAAAGAGGUCGGAGGCCGUGGCCAGUGCGCUGCCGAGCCCCCCGCCGGGGCAAGGAAGCGCCGCGCGCCUGGGCACGCACGGCGACGGUGAUGCCCAUUGUGCGGGGCGUCGAUGGGUGUCGGAGACGUGCCCCGUGAUGUCCUUCUCCCCGCCAUGGGCAGCGGGCUCGAGGUCCCGUUGGUUCUGCUGGACGGAAGGCUUUGAAUCUCCGGCCAGGACUUCAACAAAACCGGCGACGCGCCUGCACAUACCAGGCAAAUCACUGCAACGGCAGCGCAUGAGCAUCAGCAUGGUGGUGCGCCUCUUGCUCCU